UAGGAAACAGAUCGCUUUCUACAAAAUUUCACUCUCUCGUAUGAUUGAAUCAGGCUUCUUAUCUUUAGCCCUGGUGGCUGCGGCGGCUCUUCUUCGAGGUGGCUUCGUUCUCUUGUGGCGGCUAUAGCGGCGGAGGCUUCAAUCCGAGCUGUUUUGAUUUUAUUUUGAAGGGAAAAGAAAUCAAAAUUGAUAGGGUUAGAGAAAGGAGAAUCCUUGUUUUGUGAUGGCUGCUUCUUCAAAAGCUCUCAUUCCCGAAACUCUAACUGGGAAUGAAGAUUGGACCAUUGUUUUACCUCGUCGUGGCAAGCAAAGAAGAAAUUCACCUAGAAUUAUAACUCCAAAAGAACAACAAAAACCAUGGUGCCCUAGUGAAAUUGAAUCUGAUCCUCACAGAGAAUCAAUGUUAUUUCAAAGGAUGCUGAACUGUAUUAAGAAAAUGGAGAGCUCUCAAUUCUAUCAAAAUUUUGUUGAUCAAAUCCAAACUCCAGAAGUCUUGAGUUACUUUUAUAGUGUUUUGGGUUCUGAAUUGAAUAUGCAAAUGGUGAUAUAUGGUAUUGGCAGCAUUGAAUUCUAUGAACCCCCUCGAUUGCAGCUUAGCCUUGCAAUCUUAAUGAAAAGAAAGUUCAGUUGGGUUGGCGACAUAGAGGUAUUUGAUCCUAUUCUUUCUGCAACUGAAGCUCGGGUUUUGGAAGCCCUUGGUUGUUCGGUUCUAUCAGUCAACGAACAAGGUCGCCGAUGUGCUAUGAAGCCAACGCUUUUCUUCAUGCCACACUGUGAAGCAGAGUUGUAUAACAAUCUUUUGCAGGCAAAUUGGGGAGCGAUGUUAAAACACAUGGUAGUGUUUGGAAAUAGCUUUGAGAUGUACCACCAGCAUGUCACAGAGUUUAAGAGCUCAACUAUCGUCAAUACAGCCAAGCAUGUUUUAGCUGUUCGAAGAUUCUCAAAUGAAUUCGGCAUCGAUGUUAUUUCAGAUGAUUAUUUUGCAGCGUUUCAUGAUUCAGGUUGGCAUUUCUUCAACCCUGAUCUUGGAAUUGAACUGCAGUUAAUAUAAAUUUGAUGAAAAUGGAUUCAACACAUUCUUUGCUUUCCACCUUAAUGGAAAUGAUUCUGUUGUGUAAUUGUCUGUAUGCUGAAAGAUUGAAUCAGUAUUUAUAUAUUUUUUCCUCAUUAUUUAUAAGUCUAUUUAUUA